AUGAUGACAGAAGACAUGAAGCUCUGGCAUGGCUUAGUGAUCGCAAUCGUGUCCCUUGUCCUACAGGCCUGCCUCAUCGCAGCCAUCAACUACCUGCUCAGCAGAUACAUGGCCAAAGAGAACGAACAGUUACUAAAAAGAGCCUGGCUCCAGGCCCCCAGGCCCAGCCAUGCCCACAGCCACUCACCUGCUGCCCAGGAGAUGAAGGAGACUCAGGCAGAGAGAAGCACCCUUGUGUCUGAGCCCCGUUACAGGAGUGAGAGUGACACCUCCUCAGAGAGCUCCGACGCCUCGAACAGGGCCAGCAGCUCGCUUCCCCCUGGCCAGGCCUACAAGGAUGUGAAUUACACACAAGUCGUCUUUUCAGCUGCAGGAGAUCUAAAGCGUGAAUCUUUCUCGGACUAUGAGAACAUGAAGGAAGGGACAGAUUAUGUCAAUAUCAACCCAAGAAGCCACAAGCACAAUUUCUAGACUUUUGUGAACCCUGCUGUCGCUGAGCCAGUGGAACGCUCUCAAGUGCACAUGUGAAUUUAGGGGGGUGUGUGUUUUUUUUUAAACGGGGUAAAGU